AUGUCGACCGCCAGCGACCGUAAGAGACAGGCUACACUGUCUUUCAGUGGACAAGGUGUACGGCUGGCAGAAGACCCACAGCCAAAAAGGAAGCGAGUACCAAAAGCCAAGGACACGAGGCCAACAAAGCAAGCAGCCUUUGCCUGGGGUCGAUCAUCACAGACUCUGCCACUUGAGGAUGCAGGCGUCGACGGCAAGCGGGCAGCCGCCAGCGACAACACUAUGGCCAACGAGGCAGCAGCCAUCAUCGACGACGCGAGUAAGACCAGCGAGUCAGCCUUCGCCUGGGAUCGAGCAUCAACGACUAUGCCACUCCAGCAUGCAGCCGUCGACAGCAAGCGGGCAGCCGCCAGUGACAACACAAUGGCCAACGAGGCAGGAGCCAUCAUCGACGUCGCGAGCACGACCCAGCAUUUAGACGUAUGGGUAGACGAGGAUGACCGAGUCAUGUUGGUGCAAGACGUCACCCGGGCAGAUAACGUAAAGGACACCUGGGCUGGUGGAGAGCAUGGCGCUAUCUUGCUCGAUGACGGCGAUUAUCUCGACACGAACGACAUGACUCCAGAUGAAAUAGCUGCAUGGGCGACGCACAUGGAUACUGAGAACACCGCAUGCAUCAACGUUCCUUCGGAAGCCAGACUCGCUGCAGUGCGGGCAGAAGUGCUGCAAGCUCUAGCCAUGAUGACCUGCGGGGCGCGGGAGUUCCUAGAAGAGACUGAGUAUGGCCUGGAGUACGGACAGGAUACCUUCAACAUGCCCGGCUUAUUCCAAUCAUUCAAGAAGGAAGAGGCGAGGCGAAGCGGCAUGGUAGAAUCCCAUAUCGUCUCACCGUCAGGAUAUGCGACGUCCCUGUUGCAUCUGCAGCUGCACUACCCAACGUUCACGACAAAGCAUCUCAACGACGGUCAGACGCUAGACGCGACCAACUGUUGCAUCCGAAUCCUCAUCGAGAAGGGCUUCGUGGCGAGCAACACCUAUUGGUUUGAAGCGUACUUCCGCCGUCUGAGCGCGGCGUCCGUACGUCACCUCGCGAAUGUUGCCGACGGGUGGAAAGAGGAGGUGAAACAACUGCAUGACGAAUUUGCCUACAGAUGUCAGUCGCUGUCGAAGAAGGCCCUACUAGUAUUUGGCGCCUUUAGCAGAAAGCGCUUCCAUGAGCGACACAACGUGGAGAAUAUCACAGUUCGACUAUCAUGCGGCAGCACGACGCUCAUGGGCAUAGUGCGCAACAACGCCCAAAAGAUUCUGUUCGUCGUCGUGUACGCCUGGCAUCCGGAAUAUCUACUAAGGAACCGAACCACGGCAGUCGGUCGACAGUACGACGCAGCUUUGAACAUUGCUGCGGCAUUGAGCGGCGUAGACACCAAAGCAGGGUACUUCGAAGCCCGAGCAGCGAGAACGCAUGAGAAGAGCCGAAGAAGCCCAACCCAGAGCAAGUCGACAAUCUCUCAGCCCCCUCCAUCCCUAGCUCUCGUGACCGCCACAGAAAGAGAAAGAGAGAGGAAGAACAGAGCCAACGAAGCCGAGGCGCUCAAGAAAGAGCCCACUCAAAAGACACUGCGAUAUCGGAGAACUGAGAAUCACACCAGAGACGUGCCCCUUCACAUCUACAGACUGAGCGGCCUGGCGAUUAUCUUGACUGCAAGAUUAGAUGACGCCUUUCGGCAACGUGGAUACAAACAGUGUUAUUCCGUUUUCUGCACUCUAAAACAGUUGCCAGCUGUAUACAACGGGUUAUUACGAGUGCACCGAACGAUGCCAGGAACGUGGAGUACCUCCUGA